GAGAAUCGGCAGUACAAAGCGGAGCGGAACAAAGGACAAUCGUUGCUAAUCGUUGCAUGAAAUCUCAAGAGAGCGUGGCCAACGUCGCCAACUGUGAUCUAUCCAAAUUCGAAGCAGUUGACGAGCAUCUCAAGUCCUUUUAGUGAAAUUCAGGGUGAAAUCUCUUACAUCACUAUUAGUGGUUUAUCCAAGACGAGUCAUUCGAUUAAUCUGCACAUUAAAGUCAUUAAUCGGAUCGAGAGUAUGAUUGAGUUAACCAAGUUCGUUAAGGAAAUUGCCAAGAAGGAAGAGGUGUGCAUCGACAAUAUCGUUUUCAGGCUUCACUCACGUGCGACCGUCCUCAUCCUGACUGUUUGUGCGAUAAUUGUUGGUGUCAAAUCCUAUUUCGGCGAACCAAUCUCCUGCUUUACGAACGACGGAGAUCAGACAAUACCAAAAGAUGUGAUAAACUCCUACUGCUGGGUAACUAACACUUUCACAGUUCUUCAAAAUGUACCAGGGGUUGAAGGAAUUCACCAUGCAGGUCUAGGAGUAACUAAUGUUGGAGGUGGAGCUACUAUUGACCAGCAGUAUUAUAAAUGGGUCUGCUUCGUUCUUGCCUUGCAAGCCAUUUUCUUCUAUGCGCCCCGAGCAUUAUGGGGUGUUUGGGAACGAAACACCCUGAAUUUGCUCUCAAAGGAUUUGGCUUCGCCUAUCCCGGAAGAAUCUUGGACUGAUAAGAGAAGAGCUCAGCUCAUCAGUUACUUUGUCAAUAUCAAUCAACGUUCCCAGAACUUCUACGCUAUACGAUUCUCGAUUUGCGAGUUAAUGAACCUGAUAAUCACGGUUUCGCAGAUUUAUUUUAUCAACAUCUUCCUCGAUGGUGAGUUUUCUCUCUACGGACCAGCUGUCAUGGGAUUUAUGUCUGCAUCUAAGAACGAACAUAUGAUUAGUCCGAUGACUCGAGUCUUUCCUCUGAAAGCAAAAUGCUCGAUUUUCGUUUUUGGUGCGUCAGGAACAGUUCAGAAUUUUGACGCUCUCUGCGUUUUGCCUCUGAACGUCGUCAACGAGAAGCUUUUCGUCUUCUUCUGGUUCUGGUACAUAUUCCUAUCGAUUGCCGGUACGCUUGCCAUCAUAUACAGGGUUCUCGUGUUUACUCAGCCCUGGGCAAGACUCUAUUUGCUGCGUGCUCAGACUCGAAUUAAUUCGAGAAAAAAGCUCGAGACUUUGGUGGACACGCUUAAUUUUGGAGACUGGUUCCUGCUGAACCAACUUGCUGAAAACGUGAGUCCCAUCGUGUACAGAGAACUCGUUGAUCAACUUGCAACGGAAGUUUCGUCGAAGCAGUUUGAGGCACACGCGUGAACACGGGUUUUCAGAAGACCCGAACUUUCGACCUUUGGUCUAAGCAUUUUCAAGCAACGAAUUUCGACAUAGUUUAUACCAAGUGUGCCUUCUGACCUUAAUUAUUUAAAACUUGACAAAUAUUCCAAAUUGAGCAGAAAUUAUUUAUUCUUCUUUUAAUACGUCCACGUACAAAUUAAAAUAAGCGUGGCGUACAAUUGUGUAUUAUAAGAGAUAAUUAGGUUAACAUAGGACGGAAGUUGCCAAGAUGCCAAAAAUAGUUGCUCAAUAAGCUUAAGAAACUAUAAAAGUACAAAUUCUUCUCCUCUCUUUAGAUUCGCGACAAUUCCUUAAUUUCAAGGUAAAAAUAGUUACAUGAUAUAAGAGUAAGGGUAGGUUUUAUUUAUUUUUAUAGAGUAUUGUGUAAUUUCGUAAUAAAAAAUAGUUGCGUAUGUUUUAUU